AGUCUUGAGCCCUCCUGGCAGAGAAUAAAGAUCAGAAAGAGAACUCAAGCAGGUGUCCUGGUCCUGACUUGCCUCGUUAGGGAGAAUUCAGCUUUGUCUGUCUGGUUGGCAGGGCACACUUAAGUAACUGAGACCCAGCAUUUCAGCAGUUUGCAGACAAAGUAAUAUGAGGGAACAGAUGCAAGUGAGACCCAGCCUAGAGCUGAAGAGGUCAAGCGUUCACUUCACUUGGAGGAAAGAGAAGGAAGCAAGCCUAGGGCUUAGCAGGCAACUGAUCCCCAAGUUCUUUGGACAUGGCUCCACGUUCACAGCGGCGAAAGCACAAGAAACCCCCACCAGUGACUCCUAUGGUUGUAAUCCCACCCACAGAAGUGUCUCCAGAACCCCCAACCUUCUCAAAACCUGACCCUAGCAUUGACGCACUUGGCUUUACUUCCUUGGACAAUAAUGUACCAGGUCUGUCCCAGUUGAUCCUUCAAAAGCUGAACAUGAAGAGCUACGAGGAAUAUAAGUUGGUGGUAGACGGGGGAACCCCAGUAUCCAGCUUUGGAUUUCGGUGUCCACAAGAAAUGUUCCAGAGGAUGGAGGACACGUUCCGAUUCUGUGCUUCCUGUAAAGCACUCCCUUUUGACCUUUCAGACCACAAGGUUCUCCGACACUGUAAGAGAUGCAGAAAUGUCUAUUACUGUGAUACAGAGUGUCAGAGGUCAGAUUGGCCAGCACAUAGGAAGGUUUGUCAAGUGCUCCGUCUUGUGGCUGUGGAUCGCGUCAUGGAAUGGCUUCUGGUUACAGGUGAUUUUGUCCUGCCCUCAGGACCUUGGCCAUGGCCGGCGGAAGAGAUACAGGAUUGGGAUGCCUGGUUUUCUAUGAGGGGUUUACAGCUAGAGGCUACACUGAAUGCUGUUGUAGAUAGCCAUGCUAUGACCAUGCUUUGGGCCAAUCUAGGAAGGCCACGACCAGAACCAGAUGUUCUGCACAGCUCUUUGAAGCGGUUGAUGACAGAUGUUUUAUCACGGCCUUUGACCCUGGGCCUAGGGCUUCGGACUCUGGCCACAGAUGUUGGGAAGACUGGCGGAAGCACAUUGCAUGUAGUUGGUGCUUCCCAUGUGGAGACGUUUCUCAUUCGUUCUGGAGAUUAUGAUGAGCUUGGCUACAUGUUUCCUGAGCACCUUGGCCUCCAUGUAAUCAUGGUGGGUGUGGAUGUGGGCACUAACCUUUUACAGAGUUCUUCGCCUAUGCCCCUGGAGCCUGGAACAAUUCAGCUUAGUGGCUACAAGGCUCUGUAUCAUGACUUCUGGGAAGAGCAGAUAGAGACUAGGAAUCUAGCCCAUCCAGAUUUGGUGGCUGCAUUCCAUCCAGGUUUCCAUGCCUCCCCAGUCUUGAUGGAAGCUUGGCUCCCUACCCUGCUGCUACUUCGUGACUAUGCGAUCCCAACAUUGAUUACUGUUUACAGCCAACAGGAAUUGGAAGCCUCUUUGCAGAUUUUGGUGAACUUGGAUACACACAUCAUUGCUUGUGGAGCUAAUCCUUUCACAUCCCUCAAACCUGAACAGGUCUAUUCUAACCCCAAUAAGCAGCCAGUAUACAGCAGUGCCUACUACAUCAUGUUUCUUGGAAGUUCCUCCUGCCAACUAGAUAAGAAGCAAUUACAAGAAAAAGCAGAUGAUUUUUCAACAUUUGAACCAAAUCCUACCCGAAUACCUGGAAAAUAGAAGCUUAAUCAAAUCACCCUGUUGAUGUCCAGUUGUUGCCAGCUUUGAAACCUACUGAAUUUUAUUCAUAGUCCAAGAAAAGAUUCUAAACCAAUG